UGAUCAAUCGCUAUCAGUUGCCCUUGAUCUGUUUUCUAUUUACAAAUACUUUUUACAGACUAUUACCCAUUACUGUUCCUUUUCUUCUCAACGCAUCUUCUCAUUCAAUGCAUUCUUCAUAUUCUCAUUUUCUUCAACGUCUUCGUACAUCCGUCUCAUAUCUCUCUGUCUCUCAUUUUCCAUCCACUUCAUCUCAUCGGUUAUUCUCGACCACAAUCGGUGUGUUUGCCAGAAAGAAAAUGCCUCUUCUCACCGAAUCUGAACGUACUGAACAACUUUCGGGCCUGAAAACUGCUGGAUGGAAACUUGUCGAAGGGCGUGAUGCGAUUCAAAAGGAGUUCCAUUUCAAGGAUUUUAAUGAGGCAUUUGGUUUCAUGACUCGCGUCGGAUUGAAAGCGGAAAAAAUGGAUCAUCAUCCAGAAUGGUUCAACGUUUACAAUAAGGUGGAUAUCACUUUAUCAACCCACGAUUGUGGAGGAUUGUCGCCAAAUGAUGUGAAGCUGGCUACUUUCAUCGAAUCGAUUGUUAAAAAGUAGAUUACAUUUUUCGUUGUUUAUUUACUUUGCAAAAAUAAAAUAUAUAAAUUGUAACAAAUACGAAGUUGAACAUAAAAAACAAAUUUU